AUGGCCCCGAAAGAGGACAUGCUGCCCCCGGGCUGGGAGGAUCUAGACAGACAAAUGGGCCAGCUCUUUAUGAUGGGCUUCGAUGGUACCUCGGUCAGCCCAGAGAUUCGUUCGCUCAUCGAAGAUUACCAUAUAGGCUCCAUCCUCUUAUCCGCUAAAAAUCUUAAAUCUGCCGAGGAGGCAACUCGAUUGGUCCUCGAGCUGCAAACUAUUGCCCGCAAUGCUGGUCAUCCUGUGCCAUUACUGAUCGCGUUAGAUCAGGAGAAUGGCGGAGUGAAUAGCUUAUAUGAUGAAAUAUAUGUGCGUCAGUUCCCAAGCGCCAUGGGCAUGGCUGCAACGGGAUCAAAGGCAUUGGCUCAUGAAGUCGCGGUAGCCACCGCCCAGGAGCUUAAAGCUGUUGGUGUCAAUUGGAUCUUAGGCCCGGUUUUGGACGUCUUAACCAACGUGCGGAAUCAACCCCUUGGUGUGCGUACCAGUGGAGAUGAUCCCCAAGAGGCCUCUCAGUAUGGAGUCCAGUUUAUGAAAGGGUAUCAAGAGGCAGGACUGGCCACCUGCGGCAAGCAUUUUCCUUCUUAUGGCAACCUGGAGUUUCUGGGCUCCCAUGCAGAUGUUCCUAUAAUAACAGAAUCCCUGGAGCAACUGAGCUUGAGUGCAUUGGUGCCCUUUCGCAAUGCGAUUACGCAUGGUCUCGACGCUAUGAUGGUAGGCGGGGUGUCCAUGUCGUCGGCGGGAAUGAACGUCAUGCACGCUUGCUUAAGCGAUCAAGUCGUGGAUGAACUGUUGCGGAAGGAUCUCAAGUUUAAAGGCGUCGUUGUAUCAGAAUGUCUAGAGAUGGAGGCCCUCACUCACAACAUCGGCGUUGGAGGUGGCACGGUAAUGGCCAAAAAUGCCGGUUGCGAUGUCAUAUUGCUUUGUCGGUCAUUCCCGGUACAACAAGAGGCCAUCAAUGGACUGAAGUUGGGUGUGGAGAAUGGCAUUAUUGGGCGUCCUCGGAUACGGCAGUCGUUACGGCGUGUGCUGAGUCUGAAAUCAGGCUGCACCUCCUGGGAACAGGCACUGAAUCCUCCCGGUCUCCUGUCCCUCGCCCAGAUGCAACCUUCCCACACCAAUCUCUCAACGAGGGCCUAUAACAACUCAAUAACCGUCAUGCGUGACAACGACAACCUGCUUCCUCUUUCCAACGUCGUCGAUGCUAAUGAAGAGCUCUUGCUCCUGACACCUUUAGUAAAGCCACUUGCAGCGUCUGCCGUGACACUAUCGACGAAUGAGUCCAUGCAUGGGUCUCUUGAUCCGGCAGCUGCAUUGGAUCAGACUGCGUCAGUGGUCAGCGGAGAAAGUGUCUUCAAAGAGCUGGGAAGGUCCAUUUCCCGGCAAAGAAAUGGCCGGGUUUUACAUACUUCCUAUACGGCCCAUGGGGUACGACCCAUCCACGAAGAUCUCAUCAAGCGAGCUAGCGCCGUGAUUGUCAUUACGGCGGAUGCAAACCGCAAUAUAUAUCAACAAGCUUUCUCCAAGCACAUCUCGUUGCUCUGCCAGUCCCAGUACUCUCUAUCCGGUGAACGUGUGGAGAAGCCCCUGGUGGUGGUUGCUGUCAGUUCGCCAUACGACUUUGUCACCGAUUCCUCCAUCGGAACUUACGUAUGUACCUAUGAUUUUACCGAGACUGCGCUACAGACUUUGGUUAAAGUGCUGUAUGGUGACCUGACACCGACCGGGUGUCUGCCAGGUUCCAUCAGCCGCAGCCAGAAAAUCCACCAAUCCCGUCAGCAUUGGUUGGUGGAGAAUUGGAAUGAAGAUCGGGACGCACAUGCUCUAGAUGCGCUAUUAGACACAGUUCGCGAGGAUUGUACCCAGGGUCAAUGGUCAGAGCUUCUUGGCGCGACAUCUAAUAGCUUCCUUCUUCGAAAGGAAGACAUUGACGAAGCCCAUUUUGUGGUUCGCAAUAGCAGUACACAGGCAUUGUAUGGAUUCUGUGCAACAUAUUUCUUUCGGUCUACCGGGACUGGUGUCGUUGGAUGCUUGAUAGUGGAUCCCUCUCGACGAAAGCUGUCAAUUGGACAUUCUCUCCACAGUCGGGCGAUUCGUACUCUUCUUCAGCGAAAGGGCAUGAAACGAUUCCAGCUUGGAUCCCGACUCCCGGGGAUCUACUUAGGGAUUCCUACCGUGAGCUCGGUUGAGCGUAAGCGGCUGCGACAAUGGUUUGCAAAUCUGGGAUGGAACACCGCACUCUCUCGCCCAGUCUGCAGCGUGAUUCUGCGUAAUCUGGGCACGUGGACCCCACCAGACGGACUCACGGUGGCGUUGAAAAAUGCCAGCGUAAGCUACGACCUGGUGUACGGGUGGGAUUACAGCCGUGAGAUUCUCGACCAUAUCAAGACCAAUGCGCGGCAAGGGGUGACGGACAUCUACCGGAUCGCUCUCGGCGGGGCGCCGAAUUGCGGCAUCAUCCGCGCCAAGCGACCAUCGGAUGAGACGAUUUUAGGCAGCAUUGUGAUUUACAAUGAACGGUCGGCGUUGGCGGAACAUAUGCCGGCUUUACGCGCCACCCAGGGUCCGGUCGGGGGAAUCUCGUCGCCCGUUAUCUCCCCCUGUGCGGAUGAUUAUUCGAUCGUCAUGCAGGGGCUGAUCCUGCUGGCCAUUAAACAAAUCCAAAAGCUGAGUGCACAGGCUGUGGUGAUGGAUUGUGUGGACGGUGACGGUAAUUUUGAUUGUAUAUCUUCCUUGGGUUUUAGUAUGCUACAUAGUUUCGAGGAAGUCAACUGUGAUGCGACGACUUGGACGAUGAUGCACACCUCCUAA